UCGGGCCCCCGGCACAGCCCCGCUCCCCGGCCCUGCACCCCGAGCUGCGGGAAGGGCUGAGGGCAGUGCCCUGACACAGCUGGGGAAACGCUGAGCUCGUCAAACCCCCAGGCAAGGAGCAGCGCCAGCCCCAAGCGUGCUGCUCUCCACCCGGAGCAGGCUACGAAAACAAUAAACCAACAUUUAAAACACCAGGAGAAGGUGUUUUAAACAUCAGGGUGUCCGUUCGGGGACGGAGCUGGAAGAGCAAUCUCCAAGGCGCCACCUGCCCUUAGCGGAUCAGAAGCAGCCCCGUUUGGAAGCGCAGAGCCCUCCGAGCGCUGGGAUUUUCCUGCCUGCAGAGGUCAGCGCUCCCCGGAACACCCGCGGCGCCGGCCCCGGGGACAAGGUCCCCGCACAGGGCUCGGGAGCCGCGGCCCAGGCGGGAGGCAGCAGCCGGACGGCUCCACGGAGGACGCCUGAGACGAGGUGCAACAUCUUGGCCAACCUACCAAAACCAUCCUCGCUGUGCCAACGCCUCCAUCAGGCAUCCAGUGACACGGGUGCCAGUGCCAGAGGAGCCCUGUCCCUUUGCAGAGUAGCGCAGGCUCCGGGAUGGCUCUGCUGGAGACCAGCAAGCACUGUCAGGGCUCAGUGCUAGGCAGCGUGAACCCCGACCUCGGCAGCGAGCGGCAAACAGCCUCCUUCAGCGUGGAGAGGCUCACGGCCCUGCUGGAUGGCGGCGCGGAGCAGACACAGAUACGGAGGGCAGUGGUGGAAGCUAUCGAAUCUGACCCUGUAUUUAGCAGAGAAAAUCAGUAUUUCCAGACCCAGAAUGAGAGGUACGAAGCAGCAGUCAGGAAGGCUGUUCAUCUCCAGAAAAAGAUGCAUGAGAUGGGAUGGACUGAGAAUGGACCUGAAUAUAAGUACAUUUACAGGGCACUGUCAGGAGAUGUCGCGUUCCUCCUUCACCGCGUCUUCAUGAGAAGCAUUUCAGUGCUGGGCUCGGACAGACAGAUUGCCAAGUGGAUUCCUCUUGCCACCCAGCACAAGCUCAUUGGGAGCUACGCCCAGACUGAACUGGGACACGGCACUUAUCUUCAGGGUUUGGAAACGACAGCAGUCUUUGAUACUGCUGCUCAGGAGUUUAUACUGAACACACCAAAGAUCUCUGCCAUGAAGUGGUGGCCUGGAGACAUGGGAAGAUCAGCAACCCACACAGUGGUCUUUGCUCAGCUGUACAUCCAUGGGAAGUGCUAUGGCAUCCAUCCCUUCAUCGUGCAGAUACGCAGCCUUCAGGACCAUUCCCUCUGCCCAGGCAUAACUGCAGGAGACAUAGGUCCCAAAAUGAAUUUUGAGCACACUGACAACGGCUACCUCCUGCUGAAGAACGUGCGCGUUCCCAGGGAGAACAUGCUGAGCAAGUUUUGUGAGGUUCGACCAGAUGGCACCUAUGUAAGACAGGGGUCCCAGCAGAUCAAUUAUUUCACAAUGACGACCGUGCGCAUUUCCCUCAUUUCAGACGAGGUUCUGAUUCCCCUCAAGAAGGCGUGCACCAUCGCCAUCCGCUACUCCGUGGUUCGCCGGCAGUCCAAGCUAAAGCCUGGGGAACAAGAAGUAAAAAUCCUUGACUACCAGACUCAGCAAGAGAAACUGCUGCCCCAGCUGGCUGCAGCCUAUGCCUUUCAUUUCACCAAUGAGUACCUGCAGGAGCUAUUCGACAGGGGGUACAGAGAGAUCCAGAGGAAGAACUUUGACAUGCUGCCAGAGCUCCAUGCAUUAUCUUCGGGUUUUAAAGCUGUGAUCACUCAGCACUGCACGGCAGGAGUGGAGAUCUGUCUCCGGGCCUGUGGGGGCCAUGGCUACUCCCUGCUGAGUGGGCUGCCUUCCUUGUAUACCAAAAUACUUGCUUCUUGUAUUUAUGAAGGGGAAAACACCAUUUUGCUCCUGCAAACUGCCAGGUUCCUGAUUAAGUGCUUCAUGGCAGCCAGUGCUGGCCAGCCUGUGCCACCAUCUGUCACUUAUCUGGCUGCAGUGAAACAUGGGAAGUGUCCAGCCAAGAACAAGUUGGAUUUUCUCAGUCCAGAUAUUUACACUGAGGCCUAUCAACACGUGGCAGUCAGGCUCACAAGCAGCACAGCAACAAAACUACAGGACUUGAUCCAGUCUGGAGUCAAAAAGCACGAUGCAUGGAACCAGUGCACAGUGCAGCUGGUGCAGGCUGCAAAGGCUCACUGCCACUACAUUGCAGUGAAAAACUUUGCAGAAACUGUGGAAAAACUCGAGACCAAGGCUGGCAUCCAGAAGAUUAUGAAACAUCUCUGUGACCUCUUUGCACUGCACGGGAUCUUCUCCAACACAGGAGCCUUCCUGCAUGAUGGAUACACAUCUGCAGCUCAAGUGGACAUGGUCACAGCAGCCUACCUGGACCUCCUGGCUGUCAUUCGGAAGGAUGCUGUGCCACUGGUGGAUGCUUUUGACUUCACAGACCAGAGCCUGAACUCUGCUCUGGGCAGCUACGACGGGCAGGUUUACCAGCGCCUCUACGAGUGGGCUCAGAAAUCACCCACCAACCAGAUGAGCCCAGCCUACGAGAGGUAUUUGAAGCCACUUCUGCACAACACGCUAUCAAAAUUAUGAAGAACAUGUUCAAAGUGAAGGACAUACAUUUCCGCCUGUUCUUUGUGCAGCAGUACACUUAUGAAGCAUCAGUAAUGACUAAUCAGAAUUAAUAAUCAGUUGCUUACUUGCAGUUACAACAAGUAUGAAAGAUUCUCAGCCAGCCAUUUGCAAUUAAACAGAUGCCAACAGCGCUGAGUGGUACCUGCUGCUGUGAGACAAUCUAGUCAGGAAUGGUCCAGGAUUCACUGUUUUCUAUCCUGAAGUGUGUUGACAGCAUCAAAACUCUCAUUUGACUUUCUUAUUCUCUUUCUAAAUCCACUAUAUGAUGAUUGAGAAAAAAAAAAAACACCACCACACUGUAAACCCUCUCUCAGUGUGUUGUAUCUAUAUAGUGCCUUCAAAAAACCCAAAACAACCAACUUUACUGAAAAAUUCAUGGUGAAAUCAUGACCCUUUGUUUUUAGGAACAAGUUGUUCUGUUUGAUCAGAAAAUAUAUUAGAAAGUGCAUCUGUUUUGACAAUUAAAAUAGCUCUUGAUUUGCUCAGUACUGGAAUAUCCCUGCCUAAUGAAGAUGCAGACAAAGCUGAUGCCAGCUCCAGUCUGCAGAAUUUACCUUCCUAUUAAUAGAGCUGCUCAUUUCUAUAAAUCUUGAGGUCCAAUAAAGUGUAUUAUUUGGAA